AUGGCAAGCUCCAGCACUUCACGGCAGCCCAUCAAAGGGAUCUUGAAAAACAAAAGUUCCACUUCUUCAUCGGAGAAUGCCUCUACUCAGGAAUCCAAAGUGCCUGGUCAAGAAGUGAAAAGGAAGAAAUCUCAAAAGUGGGACGAAUAUAACAUCUUGGUGACCACUCACAAGGUCCAUGACUUCCGGAAGAUCAAGGAGCCAAGCACUGCGGAUGUCAGCGUGCCAGAGGACGAAGAUCCAGUUUGUGACAUAGAAGGAAAUGAAGCCGUGACAGUGGACAUGUUAGCUAAGAAACUGGCAGCUGCUCAAACUUUUGAUCGUAACUAUCAAGUGGAAGAGCAAGAGAAAUGUGAGCCGCAUACCAGCAACUUCUGCUUUCAAAACCAGGAAAAACAACGGCAGUUUGAAAUGAAGAGGAAGCUUCACUACAAUGAGGCACUGAACAUUAAGUUGGCAAGACAGCUUAUCUCAAAAGAACUACAGGAUGAAGAUGAAGAUGGCUGUGACAAGGAGGAGCCACCACGUGACAAAUAA